CUGAUUUCUCCUGAGAUUCUUCACUGGGAAAAAGAGCAGCAGCAGGAUCCUACAUGUAUACUUUGCCAUCAUUAAUUUCUUCGGCAAAUGAUCACAUGAUAAUCGGAAAGAGAAGAGAGGAGGAGGAGGAAGAGGAAGAGGAGGAAGAGGAGGAGAAGGAGAAAGAGGAGGAGGAAGAGGAGGAAGAAGUGCAGCAGGAAGAUGGGGGUGACCAAGAUAAAGAGGAGCAAAAAGAGGAAUCAGACAUCAAGGAGCAAUAUAAACUAGCCUGGGCUCCCUGCUUCUGCAUCAGAAUAGAUAAAGAAGUGUACUAUUUCGCUGGGCAGAAGAUCAUCAUCCAAGGGGCGUUGGACUCCUACGCAGGCACCGUUUGGCCGGGGGCUCUGACUCUCUGUCACUACUUGGACACCCAUCGCCAACAGUUGAAUUUAGUGGACAAGACAGUCCUGGAGAUCGGAGCAGGAACUGGCCUCCUGUCCAUUGUAGCUGCGUUCCUUGGAGCCGCAGCCACAGCUACAGACCUACCUGAGGUGUUAGGUAACCUACUGGCCAACGUGAUGAGGAACACCAGGGGCCGCUGCAGCCACACGCCGCAGGUAGCAGCUCUGUCCUGGGGACACGACCUGCAGCGCUCCUACCCUCCGUCUGUCCAUCACUAUGACUACGUGCUGGCAGCUGAUGUGGUCUACCAUCACGACUUCCUGGAUGAGCUCCUGGUUACCAUGAAGCAUUUCUGCAGGCCAGGAACUACUUUGAUCUGGGCCAACAAGGUGAGGUUUGUGACUGAUCUGACUUUCACUGAGAACUUUAAAAAAGCUUUCAACACGAGUAUGCUGGUUGAAGACGGAGAGAUAAAGAUCUUCAUGGCAACGUGCAGAGAUUGAGAGAUUUCAUAAUGACCCCUACAGGCCUCUGUUUGAAUGUUUCAUUAUUAGCAUUAUUCUUUGGGAAGUGAAGGGCGAGAAUCACAGCAUAUAGUUGAGCUAAUAUAGUAAGUAAAACAACUUACAUUGUUUGGACAGCACAGCUUUAAAUGUUCAACCUGCAUAACUUGUUUCCUUUUAGUGUUUCCUGUAAUCUUUUGAAUAAUGAUUACUAUUUUAUAUUAAAUAUCAUUAAAUAAGAGUGUCGGUUUUGAUCAGUAUUGGAGAAGGCGAGGUCAGGGUUUACACAUUUAAUCUCUUCAUAUUAAACUGAAUUAGUUCUGUUGAGUUAUAAUUGACCUGGAUACAUUUUAAUGAUCAAAUUAGGUUUUUACAUGUUUACACUUUGGCCAAUUAUCUCAUAAUCUGUGUGUUUAGUUGCAGCUCCUGGACACUUGCACUUUUUACUACACGUCAUCCCGGUCUAAUACCAUAUAUACAACCUUAAGAACACCAUGUAUAACCUGAUAAGGUCAAAACUGAUAAACAUAAGGUCUGAGUAAAGUUUAUUCAAAUCAAUUCCAUUAUGUGUCUGUGAAGAGGAAAAAAAAACAUAUUUCCAAGAAAAAAUGCUUGAUUUCUGUCAUUUUCCAGUUUGUGAGUUGUUCCAAUAUAUUGACUUCUCUAUUUUUGAUGUGACGGUAUCCUUAAUAUUUUAAAUUUUAGAUUGCUUUGAAACAAACACAUUUGAAUGUGUCGGGUUGGGUUGUGGGAUAUUUUAAAGUCAAAACAAUUAAAAGAGUUUGCUUCAUGGUUGUAUCAGUUAUGAAAUGUCCUGUAAUUGUUUGCAUGUGAAUUGUUAAUAUCUUUUUAAACAUAUAUAAAUACAGAAAAAAAAAUGGAAUUGUUCCUUUCUAGAAAAGGUCCAUCUGGCUGUUUCUUAUUUAGAAUGCAAUGAAAAGUAAUAUCGCUCACCUAAAAACACAACAGAAACACUGCUGAAAAUCGUUUAUACAGGCAAGUGAUGACUAGAGCACAAAUCCUUUUUAUUCAGUGUUGUGUUCCUUGUAUGUGACUUAUUUCCAUGUGACAAUAAAAUAGUGUGACAGUAGCUUGUGUGUUUCCCAUGUAGUCAAGGAAGAAGGGGUAUAAAAUUAUACUAAGAUCAUACAACCUUAUUUCAUAACAUUCUGUAAAAUAUUGGCAUUUACUACAUUUUAUGACUACAAUUAUAAACACUCAACUUCCAGAAGAAGUCUUUCCUGACACCAGCAGAGUGAAAGCAACAGAUAAAGAGUAAUGGACGGUUCAGUCCUGCGGUGAAAGUUAAGGCCAUUUUUGAGAGAGACUGUUAUUGGCAAAGUACUUUAGACAGGAGAGUCCUGAAGGUAACAUCUGCAUUAGCCAAACAUGUGAAAAAGGAGAAAAAAGGACGAAGAGAAAACAAAAGGUGCAAAAAAGUAAAAACAAUAAGCACAAAUUCUGUUAACCCCAACUGACUUCAGUAAGCCCUGCGCACUCAGAGGUGCUGGCGCUGCUGCAGAAAGUGUCUGCGAGCCCCGGCUAAAAACAGAAACACAAGUUGUAAGACUGUGUCGUUAACCCGGGGGCAACAUGGGCUGCGCCACCUGCUGUGUGUUUAUAGUUAGUACAGUUAACAUCAUCUCAGAAGAGAUUGUUUACUCCAAUGAGAAUGAAAGGCCUUGGCUUUCAAAUGUCUGCAUUUACAGUAUGCAUCUUUCACGUGAGGUCAUCAAAUGUUAUUUAGAGUUGUUACAUGUAGAAGACGAGUGGUUCUCAGACUGGGUGGUUUUAGGGCAAGUCGAUUUCCUCCUAUUGUCCAAUUGUAUAAUUGUUUUUGCCUUUGUGUGUAUUUAAACCAACUUAACAUGGGGCAGUCAUUCUUUGGUUAAACUGGUAACACUACAGACAGAAAAUCACUUUUUGUUUUUACAGAUCCACAUGCAAAAAAAGGUCACAAAUUGUCUACAAAUUGGUCACAAGUGAAAACUAACAGCAGUGUGUCCUUAUUAGUAACCUGAUUGAUGAGUUUUUCUGCGAGUUUUGCCUCGCCUAAGAUUCAUUUAAGCCUUACCAUUUGCAAGCGUAUGAGGUGCAGUUUUGUACUUGGCAGAUAAAAAAAAUUCUCCCAUUAUAUACACGUCUCUGUGACAUUAGGUUCUACAUUGCCUGUCGAACCUAAACCCAGUGAGGUAGAACAAACAGAAAGCUCUCGUGAAAUAAACAAUUUCUGAAUUUGCCAGAAAUGUUUUAUCUUUAUGUAAAACCCCACUGUUCAUGGUAAAUAGAUGGAGAAAUGUUGUUUAAGGGCCUUUAAUGCAGACUUGGUGUUCACUAUGAGAGUUUGAAAAGUCUCCUAAAAGAAACAGUUGGUUGAGAAAACCCAUUAAACAUAACAAAAAUUCCUGUGUUAAAUUGCUAGCCAUAUAUUUUUU